GUUCUUCAGCGACGUAGCGAUUUCGACAGUGCUAAGGAUUAUUUCUUUCGAGACUGGUUGAAGUACAAAAAUGGUUUCGGGGACCUACAGAAAGAUUUCUGGAUUGGUGAUUCUUUUUCGAUGAAAGAUGGUAUGGCAUUUACUACAAAGGAUCGAGACAAUGAUAAGGAUCCGAAAAAUUGUGCUGUUGCUUACAAAGGUACUUGGUGGUAUACAGGAUGCCACGCUUCAAAUCUGAAUGGAUAUUAUCUUAAAGGUCCACAUGAAACUCAUGCUGAUGGUGUUAACUGGAGGGAUUUUCGAGGUUACAAGUAUUCUUUGAAAGAUACUGUUAUAAAGAUACGACCAAAAGACUUUAGAUAAAUAUGUCGCCAGUGCAUGAAACCAGUGAAAACCAGCAUUUGAAUUUAAAUCUUGACUGCAUUUUUUUUUUUGGUGCACUUUUAUAAACAAAUGAGUGAUAUGUUUGUUAUGAAUGUCUUGUCUUGUAUUUUUAUAUCGAUUUAGACAUGAAAAUUACGUAGGCAGAGAAAAUUAAAUAGAUAUAUUUCUUAUUUCCAUCUGUUGCAUUCUAUUAAAUAUUAUCUAAAGCUA